AUCACGCCAGGGGAAGGGCUGUGCCUAGCACGCAGCUGCCUGCUUCCUGCUGGCUCCAGAGAGAUAUAAGCAACAGCACCUGGGUGAAGUGGGGCAGAGGAGUGGAUGCUGCAUUAGACGAGGAGACAGCGCUGGUGGCUGAAAUUGGAAGAUGGCAGAGCCUGAAAGCACAGUCAUCAAUACUGACGUGAAACAGAAAGAUCCAAGUGAGGCACUGGUCAUUGCAGUGACCACCAGAGCUAUCUUCAACUUGGAGGAGGAGCACCAGCUCUACCUGGAGAAAGGAAAGGAGGAAUAUGUGAGGCACCAACAAGCCAACCAGGACAAGCCCCUGCCUCCAGGCACAGCCUUUGCCUUCAUCCAGGCAGCACAGUAUGUGAAUAAGAAGAUCCUAGAGAGUAACCCAAUGGAGAAGGGCCUCUUUGACAUCCUGGUGCUCUCCAACAACAGCCCAGAGAGUGGCAUGCGCAUCAUCAACAGUGUCAAGCACUACGGCCUGGAGAUUUCCAAGUUCUGCUUUGUCAGUGAUGAGGACUCCACACAGUACCUGAAGUCCCAUGGGGUGAAGCUGUUCCUGUCAGCUGACAGGACAGAUGUCUGCAAUGCCCUCCGAAGAGGGGUCUCAGCAGCACUCAUCUUCCAGCAGGAGGUGCAGGCCACCAGCACCCCACUGCGUGUGGCCUUUGAUGGAGACGCUGUGCUUUUCUCUGAUGAGACGGACCAGAUCUUCAGGGAGCAGGGCCUGGAGGGAGCCAUGCAGUAUGAGCGGGCAAUGGAGGCUGUGCCUAUAGGAGAGGGUCCCAUGAAAGCCUUUGCCAUGCACCUGGGGAAGAUACGCAAGAAAUUCAGCCAGGAGGAAUCCCCCAUUCGGACCUACCUGGUGACAGCUCGCAGUGGCCGGGACAUGGGCAUCCGAGCCAUCAAGACACUCCGGGAAUGGGGUCUGGCCAUCGAUGAAGCCUUUUUCAUGGAUGGGGCUCCCAAGGGUCCCAUUCUUGCUCAAAUCCAGCCCCAUAUUUUCUUUGAUGAUGGCCUUCAUAACAUCCAGGGGGCUCAAGAUGUGGGUGUGCCCUCUGCAUGGGUCCCCUCGUGCUGCUGAUGAACUAAAAACCUGCAGCCUUCCUUCCUCCUCUCCCAUAGAUAGGAGGAGCCAGCUGAAAGCAAACCUGGUGGAAGGUGAAGGAACCUGCAACAAGAACUCCAGGGGAUGAGAGUAUUGCACAGGAACACUAGCUAUAAGGGAAGACUGGAUGCUGAGUCCUGCUCCUGACACAACAUCCUCCAGGCCUCAAAAGCCAAGGGAUACAACCACUGCAGGAAGAACAAACACCCUCUUAGGAGACCCACACAGCCCCUGGAGCAGCAGCAGCAAGACCAGGGACAAGGUUGCAAUACAGGUCCCUCCAGGAGAGGGCACUGGAGACAAUCGCCUGCA